AUGGAUAAGCCUAAACGGAUCUGCUGGGUGGUUACGAAGGGAUACGUCCAAUGUAGGGCCAUGCAGUCUCUCGUGUCGGGACUUACAGGGUGGCUGCUGUUCACAGCAGCUACUCUUGCAUAUGCGCAACGUACGGAGCAUCGGAUGCUGCAAACUGCACCCUUGGCGUCGAAAACCUGCUUGACUGGUUCGGAAUUAGUCGGCGCCCUCGCGGACGCAGCCGUGCAGAUCGCUAUCGUUGCAAACGACAUUUCCAUAUCUUCAGAGGAUUGGGCAGCAUAUGAGGCUCCGGUUACCUUGAACCGCAACGUGACCUUAUUGGGGAUGCACGAUGCACCCGAACGAUGGCCGCUGCUCGACUUCGUCAACUCAAACUCAAUGAUUCGGCUUGCUCAGGGUGCGGGUCUCAACAUCUCCCGCCUUGUGCUCAAGAACUGGCGCAACACCCCGCACUUCCAGAUCCCGGUUGGCAGCGUCCGGUGCGACAACCGCAGCGCCGCAGCUCCGGCAACACGCUGCUGGCCGGGCAUGGGCGUGUACGUCGAUGUCGGGUUUAACGCCAUGCAACUUGACGCGUUCGGCAAAACCGUACCAUCCGGCUACACCGUCUACCUCCACCUGGUGCAAAUCAAGUGCGCCGCCGUGAUGAGCGACUCAUGCGUCCAAAGCUAUGGCGCAGUGGGCUGCUACUACAACAUGUUUCCGAGGGUGGGAGCCGGGCCCACGCCGCAAGCGGGCGCACGCCCUCCACCGACAGCAGCAGCACCAGCAGCAGGAUUGCCCGACGGAGGCGGAGGGGGAGGGGAAAAGGGCCAGCCCAGCAGCGGGAGCCGGCGGCCAAAGCUGCUACUGCCGCUGCUCGUGGGCCUUACGGGAGGUCUUCUAGCGGCGGUGCUGAUUGGGCUAGGGACGCGAUUCGCUUUGAGGCGCCGCUGGUGCAGCAGCAGCCGGCAGCAGCAGGAGAAGGUUCCGGAGCCGCCCACUGACAGCCUACCCAUGCCGGGUGGCGGCGGCAAGAGCAGCUUUGGCGGCAGGGACGCACCGCCACUACCGGGCAGCAGCGACGACGACACCACCGCCACCGCCGCCACCAACACCAACACCAGCACCACGCAAGGCAGUGGGAGCGGCCUCGGAGGACCUCAGCCGCCAUCACCACCGCCGCCGCAUUCGUCAGUACGGCAACCACCCACACUACCAACACCAACACAACCGGCGGCGGCGGCCAUGGCGCAGCAGGAACGUCCCAGCGAUGACGACACGUACUUCCAUGCGCCGCCAGCUGUUGCCGCCGCCGCCGCCAGCGUCACCACCACCGUCCAUGGCGCCACGGCUGCGGCGGCGGCGCCCGCGGAGAUAGCUGGCGACAGCGGUGGGAGCGGCAGCGGCGGCGGCGGCGGCGUGGCGGAGACCUCUGGUGUUGUGGCUGUUGAAGUCUCGCUCGCCGCCACCGAUCCGCCCCCGGCGGCGGGGCCCGGGCCGGGCCGAUCGGAGGGCGUUAGCCGCGACCAGCCGGACGAUCCUGCUGCGGGUGCUGCGGCGCCGGAGCCCCGGGGGCCCAAGGAGUUGCGUAGACGCUGCACGAAGAACAACAACGGCAACGGCAACAACAGCAACAACGGCAACGGCAACGGCAACAACGGCAAGCGGACCCGGCUGACUCCCGUGCGCCCCGGGGUGAGCCUGGACGACUCACGACUGGGCGAGCAGCUGCAGCUGCUGCCGGUAACGCUGGGGAAAGGCUCUUUUGGGCGAGUGGUGGAGGGAGUGUACGGCGGUGUACGAGUGGCAGUAAAACUUCUCAACGCCGGGCUUUUGACCAACGUUGACAUGCGUAAGGCGGCGGCGGUAUCGGUGGCGGUAUCGGUGGCAGGAAGCCCGCCGCCGCCAGCGCAGGCCGCGGCGGGGACGGUACGGCGAUUAACGGCGGCGCCGAUGGUGGCGGCGGUGGUGAUUGCCGGAAUGGCGGUAGCGGUGGCGGUGGCGGGGACGCUGCUGGUGGCGGAGGCGAAGGCGGCCGCCGCGGAGGUGGUGCUUCACAUCGGAAUUCAGAUCGCCCGGGCGUUGUCGUACCUGCACCCAACCAUACUGCACCGAGACCUCAAACCAGCCAACGUCCUCAUCUCGAAACCCGACAGUGACAAACCUGUUGCCAAACUGGCGGACUUUGGUUUGUCCCGACUCCUUCAGAGCGUACUGGUGACUCGGAAUCCGGAGGUUGGAACGGGCCCCUACAUCGCCCCGGAGGUGUUCGAUGUAACCAACACCACCGUCACCGACCGAGCGGACGUGUACGCGCUGGGAGUGGUCCUCUGGGAGAUGCUGACGGGCAAACGGCCUUGGAUCGGACAGACGACCGUGCAGAUUGCUUUUGCCGUCGCGGUGAAUGAGGAGCGUCUGCCGCUGCACAACCUGCCUGAGGAGCGCUGCCCGCCUAAGCUGCGUGCGCUGGUGCUCUCCUGCUGGGACCCCGACCCGGCGAGGCGGCCCGCGGCGGCGGAGGUGGUGAAGGCACUGGCGCUGGUGCAGGAGGUGGGGGGAUACACCGGUGAUUGGGUGGGUGAAUAG